CAGAUAUUUUCACCUCUCUGCAAUUUAGGGGGGAUGAACGAUGAUAUUUUUCUCCUCGUUAGCUUUUGCUUGAAUCUUAUGCGAUCUACCACGCCCCCUGGUUCACAGAGAGUUGAGAGAUAGAGUGAGAAAUGGGUGAGGUGGUUGUGAGCAGCGAGGAACUGGAAGCGAGAGCUGAGAGUGAGACAGAGAAGAUGGAGGAGGAUGUGGAGGUACUUGAGAGUGUGAAGGAGAGCGGCAUCGAGAAGAAGAAGAAGAAUAAGAAUAAGAAGAUGAAGGAGAAGAGGAAGGGUGGGCUUUCGAGUGGGGUUGUAAGGUGGGAGAGGUUCUUGCCGAGAAUGAUGCUGAGGGUGUUGCUUGUUGAGGCUGAUGAUUCCACGAGGCAGAUCAUAGCCGCCCUUCUCAGAAAGUGUAGCUACAGAGUUGUUGCUGUUUCUGAUGGCUUAAAAGCGUGGGAGAUACUGAAGGAAAGAGCCCAUAACAUAGACCUCAUAUUGACAGAAGUGGAUUUACCGGCAAUAUCAGGAUUUGCUCUUCUUACACUAAUCAUGGAGCAUGAGAUUUGCAAAAAUAUCCCAGUUAUAAUGAUGUCCUCACAGGAUUCAAUAAGCACUGUUUAUAAAUGCAUGCUGAGAGGUGCUUCUGACUAUCUUGUAAAGCCUAUUAGGAGAAAUGAGCUGAGAAAUUUGUGGCAGCAUGUUUGGAGAAGACAAACUUCAAAGGCUGGUGUAAAUAAUCCCCAAGAUGAGAGUGUUGCACAAGAAAAGACAGGAGCCACUUCUGAAAACAAUGCUGCAAGCAACUGUUCAAAUGGUCGUAUGGCUUGUGGACAGGAAAAGAAUGAACUAAUUGAAAAAGGAAGUGAUUCUCAGAGCUCUUGUACAAAGCCAGAGUUGGAAGCUGAAAGUGCCUCCAUGGAGAAUAUGAAGGGCUUCUCACAAUCAAGAUGGGGCAAAUUGUUUCCAAGUGAUGUAAUAUCACAAAAGGAUGAAACAUGCAUCCGUUUGGGUCAGAAACUGCCAAUGCAUGAGACUGAUGAUGGGGGAUCGGUGGUAGAUGCCUGCAAGAAUGCUAACAAAAACACUCUUGGCAAGGAUUUAGAACCAGAAAGUCAAAGAAGGGAGGAUUGUAUCGCUAAUGAGGCUUCUGAUAAUAGUUAUGUCAUUGUCAACUCUUCUAGAGAAGCUGCUGAUUUGAUUGGAACAUUUUGCAAUUAUCCAAACUGCACUGGUAAAGGCAUAGGGGAAUUUGAUUCUUCACUUCACUUGGAACUGUCCUUGAAAAGAUCUCAUCCCGGUGGCUUUUGGAAUGAGCAUGCUGAGAAAAGGCGUACCCUUGGCCAUUCUAACUCCUCAGCCUUUACUCGGUACACUAACAAGCCAUUUGAACCCCCACAAACAAUAGUUGCUAAUUGUGAUCAUCAGAAAGAGCACGAGAAAAAUUCUGAGAACAUGGUAUCCAAUAUUUUUACCAGUUCUAGUUCUGAUACUGCUGGUUUGACACAAAGUACACAGAGAAGCAUUGUCACUCUGGCCACUGGUCAAUCUAGAGAAUCUGUAGUUGCAACUUCAAGCUCUCAACAGAAAAUAUUUCCUGUGCCAGUUCCAGCAAAAGGGGUACGGAUUAAUAAUCUAUGCACUGGCUUUGGUUCUAUACUCUCUCCAAGUUUUUGUCCAUCACCAAUAUCACCAAUGCUGAGUCCAGGUUUAUUCGCCCAGCAGGAACCCUCCUUUCAUAUGGAUAUCUUUUACCAGUCAAAUCUUAGAAAUGGUAACCCUGAGCAGCACCAUGACCCACAUAUUCCGUAUGCAAUUAACACCUUGAAUCCGACUAUGCACAAGCAUGAACACAAAUUUGAUUUUCUGGAGGACCGAGGACAUAUAUCUCCUGCCACUGAUCAGAGUGAAAGUAAUAGUUUCUGGAAUGGUGGUGCAAGUAAUCAUAGUAGCAUUGGGGAUGGAAGUACUUGUGGGAGUAACGGCAAUGUUGAUCACAUUGCUUUUGCCAAGGCUGCUUCAGAGAACAAGAAUGAAGGUUUUCUCACUCCUAGCGGAAGUGCUCAUCGAUCGAUUCAAAGAGAAGUGGCUCUAACCAAGUUUCGUUUGAAGCGGAAAGAAAGGUGUUAUGAGAAAAAGGUACGGUAUGAGAGCAGAAAAAAACUUGCUCAGCAGCGUCCAAGAGUAAAAGGGCAGUUUGUUCGACAAGUGCAGAAUUAUCCCCCACCUGCAGGAACUGAUGGCGACUCCUUUGAUGGCUAGCAAUUCAACCUCUGAUAGUUAAAAUGACUGAUACAUUUCUGCCUCAUCCUUUGUCGAAACCCGAGAAGCAAAGAGGAGACAGAAUACAAGUUCAACACCAUUUCUGUAUUGAUCUUCUCGUAGGAUGUUUGUUCUAAUUAUUUUGUAUCCUCUGUAUUUUAGGGUUGUUGAUAUGCAGAUUUCUUCACUUAGAAACUUAAGAGAUUUAUUGGUAUAGAAGUUAUAGUUAGUU